UGCGAGUUUUUCUGCAGUUUUCAUGAAAACUAGGAAUUUCAACUGCUGUUAGGUAGCAGAUGUAUAAAACUUCUUCAGAUACUUAUAAAAUGUUAGAUGCGAUGGUUCUAAUUGCCGAUAAAAUUGCUUGAACAAUAACUUAUUUAACUGUUAAGAUUUGCGUUGCCUAUAUUCGUCUUUAUGAAACAUCAAUGUUGACUAAUUUAUUUUUGUUUUCAAAAAAUUUCUUACUCAAAUCAAACGAAAUAAAAAUCUGAUUCGCUGUAUUUAUCUAUCUGAUUAAUUUAAUACGAAUUGUAGUUGUUAUUGUUAAUUUUUAACGAUAACAAGUUAAUAUAUACAUACUUUAUAUUGAUCAUUAGCAAGUUGAAUUGAAAUUAAAGAUUGUGAUAUGGAGAAUUCAUUCCUCAACAUGGCUCACGUUUAUGGCCGAAGAGCGGAACAUCACUCGAAGCACCGACGAUUUGAUGAAGCCAUCGAAAACCAUCGCAAGGCAGCGUCCUACAUUGAGGAAGCAUUAAAAAUUGCUCCCCAGUCUGCUGUCGUCAUUGAAUCUCUCCAACUGCAGCGUAAAUAUCACCAGAAGCAAGUUGAAUUUGUGCGCCACAGAAAGCAACAAUACGAACGCUAUAUGAAGGCUCUGGAAUACCAGCGAAAGAGGAAUCCGGAGUUCUUGGCGAAGCAGCUGGAGAAGAUGGAUAAGUACAGCGAACUACAGGUUGCAAUCUAUCAGAACUUGGAUGAAACCGAUAGCUUGCUGGAAACGAUGGCGCAAAAUUCUAACGAACACAGGAUGCCCGCUGUGGAGGAUCUGAUCACCUUGAACCAUUCCCUGCAUGUGUUAGUGCAUCGAAUGACGCAAAAUAUCGACGAAUAUGUCACGGAAAACGAGACGCUUAAGGAAACUCUUAAUUUGUAUAGAAAUGACGCUGGGGACAAAACGGCCGCUAACAGGAGAUUGGAUAGGGAACAUAAUGUGCGCAUAGCAUCUGUGGAAACGGACCGUGACGUAAUGGAAGUGAAUGAUUAUCAUCAGAAGGGUCUACCAGCGUUGGCGCCUCUUGAGCUACCUACAUUUGACCUGCCGGAGUUCGAGGGCAAUUAAGAAACUGCAUGGGAUGACAAAUAGUUUUAAACUCUAGAUGUACGUUUCAUUCAGUUAUGGUAUAAUAUAAGCAGCGGAUGCAUUCAUUUUAAA